AUGUGGAGUAAACUUUCGAUUUCAUCGAAAAUUAACCGGAUUCGCGACCCGGAAAGUGAUAAUUCUAUAGAGGACACUCAUGUAGCACGAGUGAUGAGAAAAUACUACCUUGAAAAGACUGGGAAUUUACCGGAUUGGCUUCGUCCACCGGGAUGGCAGCCUCCAAGUGGAGCUAAUACGCCGAUGGUACAGGCAGCAAGUAGCGACACAGAAGGUACUACUCCUUCUAAUUCGCGUUCUUCUGUUACUCCAAAACCUGUUUCUCGAGUGUCAUCUUCGCCUUCUGUUCCUGCUCCAUCAACAAACACACGGAAGCCUCCCAUGCAACAUUCACAUAGCACAUUCGAUGAUCUAUUUGAAGGAGUUGGAAGCUUGCAAAGGUCCCAAACUGGUACAAGUGCAGCUUCAUCGAAUGCCGCUAGUGGCCUCUUGCGAUCCAAGCUUGAAUCUAGGAAAAAGUUAUAA